CGUCGUAACAAUGCAGACACUGCUCGCUAUCAACUAUGACAUCCAUCAGCUGGAACCGUCUCUUCCAACGGCUGGUUGUGUUUUUUGCUCAAUGUUUGAUAAACCUCUUGGUUAAACUCGUAAGGUACCUUGAUAUACGCAUAGGCGUCCUCCAUAAGCCUGCUUCAUUGCGCCCCACUCGAAGUUUCCGGAUCCCCUCGUCAAAGGACAAGCGAAGGAGAAUCGUCGUCGAUGUAUACGAGCCCGUCUCUCGUCCAAGUAGCUCUGGUCCUCUUCCGGUACACAUCAGUUUUCAUGGCAGUGCUUUCGUUCUGCCUUGCCAUGGUUCCGAUGCCGAGCUUUGCGCAUAUUUGGCAAAUAGACUUGGGUGUAUUGUACUGGACUCGGACUACGCCAAGGGUCCAAGGUAUCCAUAUCCGGCUGCGGUUGAUGAUGCUACCGAUGUUCUUGCAUUUGUCGCAUCUAAACCCGAUGUGUUCGACGUGUCCAAGAUUACUGUUGGAGGAUAUUCAGCCGGGGCAAAUAUUGCUAUUCUCGCUGCUCUUCGAGUUGCUAAAGGAGCGUCUCCGGUCAAGGGUAUCGUCGCAUGGUAUGCGCCAACAAACAUGACAAAACGUGGGAGGGAAGAAAAAACCUCGCCUUUUGCAAGUUGGUUACAUCGAGCGUUCCGAUCUUGUUACCUCCCAGGUGGCAUCGAUCUAAUGAAUCCGAACGUUUCACCUCUUUACGCGGAUUCAGCCCUGUUUCCUCCGACUACGCUCAUAGUUGGGGAGGAUGACCCUCUUCUGGUUGAUUCAGUUGAUCUAGCAGACAAACUCAUUGCAGAUGGCGUUGAUUGUGUUCUUCAUACAAUACCAGGGGCAGGUCAUGUAUGGGAGAGAUUCGUGAAAAAGGAUACUCCAUUGUGGGCUGCAAGAGAGAGAGCUCUAGAACUGACAGAGGCGCGUCUGCGUCAGGCUUACGACAACUGAUACCCACAUUAGUUGUACUAGAUACGAUCUUCUUGUUAUUUCCUUUGUUAUCUGGACAUAUCAAAGGGUUCUGACACUUUUUUCUACCACAUGUUCUGCUUCACGAGAUGUUUUGUAGCACAGUAGUGAUACUAGCCGCUGCUGGUCAGCACCUGCAAUCCCACACUCCACAGACCAUCUUGACGCCGUAGUCUCGUCAAUUGUACCAGGAGGUUCGGCACCAGCAGAGCUUCGAUGCCAAAUAUGUGUCUUGAUUAUUGAAAGCAUUGAGCUGAUAGCCUCGGAUUCUGGUAGCUCUUCCGACAAUGAUUCAACUGCUCUGCACAAGACAGAAACAUAUGUUAUUUGAGGUCCACGGACCGAGAUUGCUGCUAGGAUCGCUCUUAGAGCAUCUCUGGAUCGAGCAGCAGCCAGGUAAGUUUCUGCCGCCGUUCGGGCCAAGCCAACAUUAGACAACCACUUUCUAGAGGUCUUCUCCGCAAGCUGUCCGGCAAGUUCGUUAUUGCCAAUUUUUAGAGCACAGCGAAUGACUAUAUCAAGCAGCUGGAAUUCGCGACCUUCGCCAUAUGAGUUAUUCUCUUCUUCCUCUAUCUGCGAUAAUGCAAGAUCUAGAGCUCCAGUGUAGUCUCGGUUUAAAUAUAAGUUAUUGAGGCUAUAGUCGAUGUUUCGGACGUGCAACUUCGUUGGCGCUGGAAUCUGCGG